GGCUCUGCCUCGGUCCAGUGAGUGGUCAGCACCCUGAGGAGCCAGCAGGAGGUCGGCUGGUACCUGGGGCCCCGCUCCCUCACCUUGGCCUUGAUUUAGUUCCUUUCAAGGAGGGGGCAGAAAACAGGAGUCGGAGGUGUGCUUCCUGACGGCUGCUGGUGGUUUCUGGCCAGUUAUCCCUCCUGCCUCUCCAUCUGAACUCUGUGCAGUUGCCCAGGAGCGAGAUUGGAAAGAAAACUCUGAGGUGGCAGACGGGUGCAUGCAGACCCCAGAGGCACCCACACCGACUCUGCGUUCUUGGAGAGCUGGGGCGUGGGCCUGGGACGCCCGCGGCAGACUCAGUCAAGGAGGAUGACUCCUGUGAGCGAUGGAGGCACGGCAGAGAGCAUCUUCGACCUGGACUACACGUCCUGGAAGAUCCGCUCCACGCUGGCGGUCGCCGGCUUCGUCUUCUACCUGGGCGUCUUCGUGGUCUGCCACCAGCUGUCGUCCUCCCUCAACGCCACGUACCGCUCUCUGGUGGCCAGAGAGAAGGUCUUCUGGGACCUGGCGGCCACGCGCGCCGUGUUUGGCAUUCAGAGCACGGCUGCGGGCCUGUGGGCCCUGCUGGUGGACUCCGUGCUGCAAGCCGACAAGGUGCGUGGCCAGCAGAACUGGUGCUGGUUCCACAUCGCCACAGCAACUGGAUUCUUCUUCUUCGAAAAUGUAGCGGUUCACCUGUCCAACGCGCUCUUCCGCACGUUUGACUUGUUCUUGGUGGUCCAUCAUCUCUUCGCCUUUCUUGGCUUUCUUGGCUCCUUGGUCAACCUGGAAGCUGGCCACUAUCUGGUGAUGACCACACUGCUCCUGGAGGCCAGCACCCCCUUCACCUGCAUUUCCUGGAUGCUCUUAAAGGCCGGCUGGUCCGACUCGCUGUUCUGGAAGCUGAACCAGUGGGUGAUGGUUCACAUGUUCCACUGCCGAAUGGUGCUGACCUAUCACAUGUGGUGGGUGUGCUUCCAGCACUGGGACGGGCUGCUCAGCAGCCUCCACCUGCUGCACCUGGCGCUCUUCCUCGUCGGACUGAGCCUCCUCACGCUCAUCCUCAAUCCCUACUGGACCCACAAGAAGACUCAGCAGCUGCUCCACCCGGAGGAUUGGAACUUUGCGCAGCCGGCGCCCAGAAGCAGCCGGCCUGCCGGGGCCAACGGCCAGGUGCCGCCCAAGAAGGGGCAGUAGCCGCUGGGGGCCUGGACCCCGCCGGCGUUCUCCGCAUGGGCUCAGGUAGACACGGGCUCCGAGUCCAGCACUGUCUCCAAGUCGGACCAGCUGUGUCGUUCAUGUUAAUUUCCACGUAGCCACAAAGUGUUUUUAAAGCUUCGGUGUGCCUCCGGGGCUGGAUUUUUGCCGUCAUAACUCCAUUGCCUGCUGUGGUUUGUUCCUGCGCGACUACCUAUGCGGGGCCCUGAUCGGCACCAAGGAGGGCAUCGGUGGUGGAGUCCGGGCCACCUGUCCGGGAGGGCCUGACGUGGCGCUGUGGCCGCCCGCGUGGUCCUGUGGUCACACGGUCCGCGUGCCGUGUGUCCUGUCCGGUCGUGGUGUCCCGCUUAGUUGGAGAGAACUGCCCCGAGCUGGGUGCCCCGUUCGUGCCCCUCGUUAGAGCGUCCUGCAUGAAGCGUGCAGCCCACUGUGCACACGUGCGUCCAGGGCGCGUGGGGACCACGGGCAGGAGCCGCCGCCUGGGACCGGACCCCGCCUGACGGGGCUUCCCAUCCGGACCCUUGCUCCGUGGCUGGUGCGUCUGUGGGUGUCAAGGCCGAGCAGCGGUCGCUUUCCCCCAGGCGCCGAGGGGCUGGAUGGCAGGGCCCGCGGUCGUGGCUCACUCCACGGCAGCCCUUGCUGGGCGCCUGGCGGUGCCUCCCAAGGCAGUCGCCUUCGCCACGCCGCGCCCGGUGGAGGUCCCAGCAGCCUGGCUCGUGUGCUGGGAGACAGGCAGCCCCGCUUCUGAAAGCUCCCUGCGGCCUGUCCGCCUUUACCAGAGACCUGCGUCCCCACAGCAGCGCCUCCCUGCCGGAAGGGAGGCCCCAUGGGUUUCCGUCAGGUGGCGAAAACAGGCACAGAGUGGGUCUGCAAAGUGUUGCAGCGCAAACUUUAGGGAAGCGGGGCUCAUUUCAGCUCACGAUGUGGGCUGUGGGGGAGACCCACGCGCACAUUUUAUUCUGGCCAUGACUGUGCAGUUAAAAUUAAAAGUUUGUUUUUUAUUGAAAGCCCCUUUGACGUGUUUGCAAAAAACAUGUGUUUAUGGGUCGUGGAGGCGCCCGGCCUGUGCUCGUCCUGGGACACGGAGCUCACAGUGCUGUGUCCUCUGUGCUGCUGCUUCGACCUGCAGGUCGUGCUUAGGUCAAGAUGUGCAGUACCUGCCAUGUCCUCGUAAGAAGUGACUUCGAUCUGUGUUCUGAUGGGACGAAGUGUAAUAAAGUAACUUGUUUAUGGAC